AAAAAAAAAAUACCCAGGCAGACAGUGAAAAUGGUCUGUGUGAGAAUUAUAAGGCAUAUAAAAGGCAUACCACUACGAACUUUGGAGCAAUAGAAAGACAACCAGACUUAUAGAGUACUUUUAGAAAAGUUACCCUUCAACUCAAUACAACUCGAAACACAGAAAUACCAUCAUCAUACACCACACCACCAAGAUUGUUCUUAUCAGCUACGGAGGAGUAGAAAAACCACAACAACAACAACUCCUUAUUCAACAAACCACAGCAGAUAGCAUGAAAAUCCUGCGUGUGCGGCAUGCCAAACUUAUUGUCCUCUUGGUGGUCAUUGCCAAUCUUAUACUCUUUUAUUAUUCCUGGAAGUCAACGCUGUGGAAAAAUCUGGCCGCCUCUUUAACCCUGCCCAGCAUGGAGUCCUAUGAUUUGCUCAAGAAACCCUCCCAGCCUCAUGUAGAGAAAUCACCCAAGGAGCGAGCUCGCAAUGCUUUCAAACACAUACGCAAAUCGAUAACCAUAGUCUUUCGCACCUUCUACACCUUUGAGAAUGACAUCAAGGACUCCAUAGAUAGCAUAUUAGAUGUGAUACCCAAUAUGCCAAUCGUAAUUUAUCUAGAGGGUAUUCCCUAUCCACCGCUGGUCUAUCAGCGCAACACCACUGGCUCCAGAGAGGAGGUCAGUGUGCGUUUUGUCAAUCUAGGAUUUGAUAUAGCCAAACCCAUUUACGAGCUUAACCCCUUAUCGGCCAUACGCACCAAAUAUGCCCUCUUCAUGCCGGACAGUGUGCGUUUGACCAGCAAGAAUCUUUUACAGAAAAUCCUUAGAGAAAUCAAUUCCAACACAUGGGAUAAGGAUGCGCGGCUAAACAAACCCAAAUCCUUAAUUGCUCCCGAGGAGGUGGUGCGAAGGGUGAUUAUUGUCCCCUUUGCAGGAAAUUUAAAAUCAUUUGUAGGUUGUACACAAGUCACACUGGAUUUGCCAAAUUGGACCAUACAAUAUGUGGCCGUCAAUAGUACAAGUGAUAAAUGUGAUUUGUUUCUGCAAAAACAUGCUUUGCUUGUGGAUGUGGGAGUACUUAAAGAAUUGCCAGAACCAUUGGCGGCACCGUUUCCCGAAAUGUUCUAUAUACAAUCUAAGCUGAGUAAUAUAACGAAAUUCGUUUAUCCCCAAUCAUUUCAAGAUGGUCGCCGUCUCUUUGCCGCCUAUCACACAAAGCAACGGCGAACUGAUAUUAAACGACGCCAAUUUCGUGAGAUGUAUAAGAAACUGCAAAUAAAACGAAUUGUGCGUCGCUCCCACAAAGUAUCCAUUAAGACUGACUCCAAGGACUCAGCAUCGUACAGUGCCCAACACAAUUUGGUGUUGGACACUCAAUUUUCUUCUUCCAACUUCUCCCUGCCCCAAGUAACUGACAUCGAUUUGAUAGGCUGUGAAAGAACCACAAAAUCCUGUGUGGGCACUGUCUACAAUCAACGUCCAUUCUAUGUGUACUUGGGCAAGCAUACUCCACCCUGCUGCCUGGAUAAAUUGAAGAGUACCUUCAAUCAUGUCCUAGAGGAGUUCGAGAAUGUUGGCAUUCGCUAUUGGCUGGACAAUCAGGCAUUGCGCACAGCGAUCGACACCAAUCAUCUAUCACCUGAUGCCUAUGACAUUGACAUUAGCUUCAAUGUCAACGACUUGGAGCGCUCCAACUCACUGAAGAAGUCACAAAACAAACCCUAUGUGGACAAUGAGGGAUUCUAUUGGAUUAAGGCCACCGAUGGUCAUUACUUUAAGGUGCAAUUUUCCAAAAUCAAUCAAAUUGGAGUGAAUCUGUUGCCCUUUGAGAUAACCGGAAAUGUGGUAAAGCCAAAUGGUUUCUUUGGCUGGAAGGCGAAACAAUUCUCGGCAGAUUUUCUACAUCCCAUGUCGACGGUGCUAUUUUUGGGCAAGAACAUAAUGUGUCCCAAUAAUGUUAGAGAUUAUCUAGACUAUAAGAAUAUCCAAUAGGUGGCGCCAUCUAUGGAGGUGAGUAUAAGUCUAAAGAAUAGGCCUGUCCCUGGGCUCUAAGAAGUGCAUAGGAACCUAAUUAUACUUAGUUAGAUUUUUGUUAAUUUAGUCUAUAGUUUAUUAGCUAACAAACAAACCCCUCCUUUGAUUGUUGAUUGUAAUUUAAUUACUACUACCCUUUCUCCACAUUACACGUUCACUCACACACACACACACAACAAACUAAAUCUCUAUUAAGUCCUUAGCCUUAUAUUGUCAUUAGACAUUCAAACUUCUUAAUCCAAAAAAACUCAUACACAUACAAUUAUGCAAACAUGCCUAACAAAAAUUAUAUUCCUAAUACAACAUCAUCUGUAAGGAAACACUAUAGGGUGAAGAUCCUAAAACUUUUCCAAUCUUUAUUUUUUGAUAAACUUUAUGCAUUAUAGUUUAUUACUCUUUAUACAUAUAUGUAAAAAAUGGCCAAAGACUUAAAUAGUACUGGCAGAAAAAUUUUGUAUGAAUUUGAAUUUCUUUGAAUAUGUUACUCUUAUCGAAAGAAACGUUGGAUCUUGUGGGUCAACUUUUUCUUAGAGCGCAACAAGACCCAUCGCUUCUUUCGAUAGGCAUGCUUCAACCAUUGCACUGCUCGCCAAUAAUCGAGUAGGUGGAAGUAUGCACUCUCUUAUUGACAAAGCAGUCCGACGACGCCCUUGUUGAGGUCAAAAUAGCGAUCACUGUAGCCUGCCCAAUGCAUUUUUGUGGUCAACAGUACACAACAAACCAUCAGGAAGGACAUGCCAGGUUGCAAUUGCCUUCAAUGGACAACAGAUAAGAACGGACUCAAGGCGAUGAGCAAACCAUUUUGGUAGACAAUUUAUCGAGCACCCAACUAUAGACAAGGCGAGAAGGAGAACCCUGAGAAAGAAACGGGAACUCCCGUUCAGAACCGAACUACAACUAUUCAGUACAGAAGACUUUUUCGAGGUCAUAAGAAGAGCUAAAUCAUCGAAAGCUGUGGACUUCGAUGGAAUAUCGCUGCUGACGCUCAAGAGAAACAAACGAAAAACUUUGAAAAAUUCUCCUUUCACAUUUUGCUCUUGCUACUGAGUCUUUGGCCACCUUAGUCUUAAUUUGCUAAUUUUCGUCUCUAAAGUUGUAUAUAAAAACUCAAAAAAAUCAUUUGCCAAGUGCUCAUUAAUUAAAAAUUAAUAACUAUAUAUAGUCUCGUUUAGAUUUAUU